UAUAUUUGUGCAGCAGAAGCAGCAAACCAGUUGAAACACAGAAACAGUUCUCCGAAAUCGUGUUUUCUACAGAGUUGAAUGUUGGUUAGUUUCUGUCAUAUUGUGGUGCGAUGUGCAUAUAAAAGCUGGAAAAUCACGUAUAACACUUCAGUUCGUAAAUCGCGGCCUUGGAUAUCGAAAGCGUCCUCCUCUCAAACCGAAAAAAAAAUUCCACGAAAAUAAAGUUUUCGAUUUUUAUAGUGUUAUUACUUGUCACAAGCACAUAAAAUGGUUUAAAGCUUAAUCGCUUCGCACUUUCAACUUACAUAUUAAUUUUCAAGUUAUACCUUAUUCAUAUUGAAUAAAAACCGAAUUAUAUGAGAAGCUGUGCUUUUCAAACAAAUUGAAAGACGGAUUUCGAGGUGGAUGCUGGUGGAUGGACACACGGAAGCGAGCACAUAAAAGAGAGAGAAAGAAAGUGUAUUGAGGCAUACUGUUUGGCCGAGUUCGAAAAAUCAUCAAAGCGACAAUUGAGCAGAAUUGCAUUAGGUGAAGUGUAGUCAGCAUAAUAAUCUGUAGAGAAAGGGAGUUGAACUGAAAAAAAAAACGGAAAAAAGGAAAGUGAUAUCGAAACUUAGAGUAUAAAAAUGCCAUCCCGUUUGAUACAAGGUUUAGACAAUUUAGAUACAUGCAGUCAGUUUUCCGAUUCAGCUACGUUACAUACACUGACCAGAAUGGGAGCACUGCAAAAAGAAGUUUAUUUUAGCCGUUCCGAAUCGAAUUUCAACAAUUUCGACACAAUUAGCUACGGAAAUAGUUCAACAUGUUGUUGUGAUGCCGAAAUCAAGAUGGAUCUACAAUUACGAAAUUCAAUUUAUCAGUGCAAUCCACGUUGCAGUAUCGAGAAAAGAAACAUAAAAUCCCAUUCAACCGCUGCUACUGCAGCUGCUCCAACAGCAACAUCGAUGCCAAAACGAACCGCACGACCAACAACCGACUACUCAACAUCGUUGCUUGAUAAAUUUGAACGGGACCGCGGUGACAAACAUGAAUUGCAUCGAAAUAAUUAUUUAAAUGAAACGUCUAAUUAUCGCAUUCAAACGAAUCCUUUCAACCCUUUUCGCACCGUCGACACUUACAAAUAUUCAACCGUACGAAAAUCACAAAAACGACAAAAAAAGACUAAAGCAAGGGCUGACCCUGAUUUAGAUAUGAUUGAAUCGAUUCCAUUACCACCAUCAGUGUUGAAUAGAAGAUCUGCAUCGUUUCGGCACAAUGAUUCAAAUAUGGGUACAAAGGCACGAUCUGCAAAUGUGGGCAACCAUCUGCAAGCAUCUUCAACCACAAAAUUGCAAACGAAUCGUGGCAAUGGCGGUGGUGGCGUCGUCGCCUGUGAUGCAACCCGAUUUAAAUUGACCGAUAUUUUGAAUAAUCAGAAAAAUAAAAUCACAUCCAUAGACAUGCAUCAGUAUCCUGCAUUGAAUAAUUUGAAUGCAACGCUAAAACGAAUCUGUCGCAGUAAUGCAGCUCCAUCGUUGGAUCCGAAAGACUCAUCGUUCGACCAUCAAAAACGAAUGCCAUUCGAAUCGUUUUCAAUUGACGCAGAGACUUAUCGUGAGCUGGUUUUGAAAAAUCAACCAAUACCAAUCGAUGUUAGUGAAUUACAACGUAAUCCAAUCGUACGGCCAUCAAUGAGCAAUCUGACGAACAGCACAUUGGCUGACAUCCAAAGUGUACAUGCCAGCACAUGCAAUUUAGUCACAGCACUUCGUGCAUCCAGUCAAUCGAUUGUGGCUGGAAAUGAAAAUGGUUGCAACGGUGGCGGAAGCUCACGAUUUGGUCGACAUUGUAACAGCAGCUCGGCUAUGAAUUUAAAAUACGAUUCGUUGCGUUCGCAUAAAGCAGCCCGAAGCAAACGAAGCAAUAGCGAACAAUUGAAUUCAUCAUAUUAUCAUUUUCAGAAUAUCGACGGUGAAAUGGACAAUAAUAGUACAACAUUUGAUUCUGUAUUGUUACCGAACCACUCGAGCGAAAACUAUAAAUUACCUUGGAAGCAUCGAAGUCAGUGUCCAAGUAUUGGCUCUUCAAGUAGCUCAAACAGCUCCAACAUUUCAACAGAAUGGGAUAUUUCUAAGCAUUGGAUGGCGAUAGCUUCUAUAUUGCUAAUACUUGGCGCAGCAUCUGUUGCAGUUCCUCUAGCACUUCGUGUUUCAUCUGGCGCCUCGUAUGAAGAAAGACUGCAGGCUGCGUAUACUCUAUUAGAAAAUGUUCCAUUGAUUGACGCACAUAAUGAUUUGCCUUAUAAUAUUCGAAAAUUUGUGCACAAUCAAUUGUCCGAAUUUAAUUUUGAUGCCGAUUUAAAAAAUGUACCGCCAUGGUCAUCAUCAAAUUGGUCUCACACUGAUUUACAGCGAAUGAAAGAAGGACGAGUUUCUGCACAGUUCUACGGGGCUUACGUACCUUGCGAAGCGCAGUAUAAAGAUGCCGUUCAGCUAACGUUGGAACAAAUCGACGUAAUAAUACGGCUCACGGAUAAAUAUUCGAAGGACUUGAUUAUAUGCACUUCAGCGGAAGAUAUCCAGAAUGCAUUCAAAGACAAUAAAAUAUGUUCAUUGAUUGGAGUAGAGGGUGGACAUUCUAUUAGCGGAUCACUGGCCGUAUUGCGAAUGUUUUACAUGCUUGGCGUACGCUAUAUGACAUUGACAUCAACCUGUCACACACCGUGGGCCGAUAGUAGCUUUGCUGAUGCACCGAAAUUCGAUGUACGACACAAUGGUCUCACUGAUUUUGGAAAACGUGUCAUAAAAGAGAUGAAUCGUCUCGGUAUGAUAGUUGAUUUAUCGCAUGUAUCCAUGGCUACCAUGCGAGAUGCAAUCGCUGUUUCUCAAGCUCCUGUGAUAUUUUCCCAUUCGUCUGCUUAUGAAAUGUGCAAUUCGAGUCGAAACGUUCAAGAUUCGGUACUUAAGUCGCUCGUUAAAAAUCGAGGAAUAAUUAUGCUAAACUUUUAUUCAAUGUUUUUGAGUUGCGGUCAAAAUGCAACCAUUAAUCAUGCCAUAGCUCAUUUGAAUCACAUUAAACGAGUAGCAGGUGCAGAUUAUAUCGGUAUUGGUGCGGGAUACGAUGGAAUUAACUACACACCGAUUGGGCUUGAAGACGUUUCAAAAUAUCCAAACUUAUUUGCUGAACUGAUUGGAUUUGGUUGGACUGUUGAAGAGCUCACCAAACUGGCGGGUGGCAAUUUACUGCGCGUCUUUAAAGAAGUUGAAACCUAUCGUGAUAAAAUGCAUAAGGAGAAAAUUCCACCGAACGAAGACAUUUUCGCCAAUCGUCUCGAAAAUCCUCACAAAUGUCAAAGUAAUUAAUAAGUUUACCUCCAUUCCUCCAAUACUCAAUGCCUCCAUGUCACAUUUGGCAUUCUCCAUGCAUAAUGAAAAUUAAUACUAUAUCAUCCUGACUGCUAGAAGAAAAAGUAGACGAAAAAAAUCGACCCGCAACGUAAGUGACCCAUUUGUUUUAUCUCUUACAUAUAAUAAGCUAUGAUUUUGAGAUUGAAGAAAAGAGAGAGAGAGGAAAAUAAAUGAGAGAAAAUAGAAAUUCAAGACAUAUAAAAGCCUAUAUGAGUAUUUAAAUUGCCUUAUAAACCAAUGCACAAGUUGUUAAAAAAAAACAAUGAUUGCCGAAGUAAUAAUAAUAAUUUUUGGAACGGUUUUCAACGAACGCUGUUGAACAUUCAAUAAAUAAUGUAAACAUUUCCCUGUGAAAUAGAAAAUAGUAGGAAAAUUACAAUUCCUCAUUAUUAAAUUUAUUACAGAUAAUAUAUUUUAUAUUCGAAUAUCAAACGUGUCGUAGACAGCACAUCGACGACGAUGGUGAAAUUCUUUAUUCGAUUAGUUCAAUUCACUUUUAAAAAAAGGUCAAUAAAAUGUUGACAAAUUCGGUAAAUUCGAAGAAAUAAUAAAAGGUAAAACGUUUGCACAAUUAAUACACAUUUUGAUGACAUUAUAAACAGUGAAAGAAAGCACUUAUAGCAAAUUAGACUAACUUCAAAGAAGUUCUACUCAAGACGCAACACAUGAGCUAAAAAAAAAAAUGAAAUUGAUUUUUCUACAUUACGCAUCAUUAAAUUUUGAAAAUGUCAUUCAAAGUUGCUGUCGGACUAUGUUUACAAUGUGUUCGAUUUUAGCGAACGUUAGUAGAAGAGAGAGGUAGAGAAAUAGGUUGGGAGGAAGACAGACAAAGAAAGGCGCAUAGAUGCAAGGAGCUAUAGAGAAGAGGAAUGGAAGAGAGGAAUGAGUUGAAUUCCAAGCAUAACUUUAAGUAUAACCAAAUGAUAGCAAACAACUCAAAAAGUGUAUCCUCUCUGUCUGUCAUUUUUCUGUCUGAAUGUUUGCGCGAAACUCAUAAAAAAGCACUGUAAAAGUCGUUUGAAAUGUGCACGAUAAAAUCACGAAAUAAACAUCAAUUUUAUUGCAAGAGUUGAAAUAUAUAUGUGUAUGAACAAUUCACGCACAUUAACACUUUACCAUUUUUCUAAUAGUAAUACUAGAAUGAUGGCAUUCAUUUCAAUUUAACGAUAAAUAAUUUGCUGAUAAAACAUUUCAUUUGCACUUUUUCUGAAAUAAACAUCAACAGUAUACUUUCUUUUGCCAUAUCAUCAAAACAAAACGUGUUCGUAUUCAACGUCAAUUACAUCACAACCAGUCCAAUAACACGUGUUUGAAAAGAAGUGCCGAUUUUAUCAGAACAUCAUUCUUUAUCACAAAAUGAGUUUCACUAACAAAUCCUCUCAUCCUUGCAAAAGAAUAACAAAAACAAAAAAAAAAACCUGAAUAAAUGAUAUCAAAAUGAAAAUCGACAGAUCAAACCUGUUUCCAAUUUUUUCCAUUUCAAUUUU